AUGACCGGCCACGCGACCAUCACCUUCUCACAGACGGGCGUGCAGCCGCCCGUCUAUGUCACUACCUCUCUCAAUGAUUGGAUGCCGGUUGAGAUGGACGUGAAGGAAGACAAAACGGCCUCGGACAACCUGAUCUUUAGCAAAGAGUUCAAUGACGUUGCUGAAGGCAGUUAUCAAUACAAGAUUCGCGUUGGCGAGGACUAUUGGGUGCUGGACGAGUCAAAAGAAACUGCUGCCGCCGACGAUGGUAUCCUCAACAACGUUAUUCACGUCGAGCCCGCCAGCGAGACCAACUCCUUGAGCUCAGCAUCCGAAGUUACCACAGUACAUGGGGCUAUUUCUGAAACGGCAUCGCUAAAGACUUCCCCUGGGAACUCGUCGAAGAUACCCGAGUACCGAAAAGACAGUACAAUGGACGAUCAACUGCCCAGCGCUCCAGUCCCUUUCGUAGUCCUUGAGAAGGUCGAAGACCAGGAGCAGCCAGCUUACGGCGACACCAGCCACGUCGACCUUACUACAGAUGCUGCCAAGCGCACGGCCGACGCAGAGCCCGACUUUGAAGAAACGAAGGUGGACUCCCCGGUCGAGACAGAAACACCCAAAUCACCUCAAGUUCCUCUUCUGGUAGUCGACAAGGCGGACGACUGGCCCGCAUACGGAGACAAUUUCGGCGAGGAUGCUACGACUGCUCAGAAGGUUGCGCACGAUAUGAGGGCUGCGGACACACAACCAGACAGACUCAACAUCACACCAGAAUCUCACACAGAGCCUAGUAUUGACCAAGACGACGAAGCUGCUCCAUUGUUCCGCCACGAAUCUUUCCAAGCGGACGACGACUCACAGGCGCCUCCACAUAUUACCAUGGACGGUGAAUCCACACAGUCAUCAACAGAUCAGACUAGUUCCGGGGAUGCAAUGGAUACACCUUCUGAACCUGAUGAUGGUGACGAGCUAGAUCUGGCGCCCUUGCUCAGUCACGAGACUGUACUUCGAGAUAGCAAAACCGAAUCGAGAGACGCACUACGAGCUUCUCACGAAGCUGAUGGUGACGAGGACGAUACCGAUGAAUUUGGUGGAGCCCCUCUUCUUCCUCACGAGACCGGCUUUACCGAGGAUGAUGGAGCUGCAACUGAAUCCGACGAAGAGGCGGAUGAGCUUGACAGGUACCCAACACUAUCACACGAAAAUGGUUUCUCGGAUUAUAAGGGAAGCGAGACCAUCGCUAAGAAUGAUUACUCGAAGAACCGGAAGCUACAACAUUAUGGCGCCCACGGUGAUAAGCAUGACGACGACCGCCCUGAUAAUGAGGAGGAUGACACACCUCUUCUUCCACACGAACGGGAAUCAGCCGUUGUCGGCAGCACUGGCUCCGACUUUUCGCAGGAUGAUACCCCAUUCUCUUUAGAGAAGCAGCCGACCUUUGGUUACGAGACUGACCGUGCGCGAGAGCUGUUCGGUGGGCCCGAUCGACACGACUUCUUCAGAGGACGAACGGGGAGUAAUCUUCCCCACAGGCUACCGCAAUCAGAUGCGGAGGACCAUGACCUGAACGAUCCGUCCCUGGAGCGAUUUCCGACCAAUCGUGAAUCGAUCUUGGCGCGUGUAGCGACAAUCGGUAUGCAUCUUCCCGAGGAUGAAUCGAUGCAUGAGUGCCCACACUCUCCGCAGCCGUCUGUCCUGUCCCAAGCAUGCUCCUCCGUCGAUCUUGUGCCCGUCAAAUCGUAUACUUCGUUAGCGUCUGUGCCCGAGGAUGAAAACAGUGAUGAAUACGAAGGCGAUCACAAUGAUCUAGAUAGUAUGCCAUCGCCCGUGUACAUCAGCCACAAUACUACCCGCAGGUCAAGCCCGCCAGGCAGAUUUGUUCGAGACCCAUACGCAACCCCUUUACCUAAUGAAAGUAAGCAACUUGGGGACGCAUUCAAUGUCAAGACAAACGAAUCUGGCAAUCAUACCCAGGAAUUUAGUGAUGCGGAAAGUGUCGCUAAGCAUGACGGUGCCAAGGACGUCUCACACGCUCACAGCGCCUUGCAUGAAGUCAUCUCCAUGCCAGUUAAUGUCGCAAAAUCUGCCACGGGUUCAGUCACAUCUGAGCCCAAGAUCACUGCUCUAGAAGCCCAUCCCGUCGCCAGUUUGGACUCGGAGCUUCGGCAGCGUAGAGCAGUGGUAGAAGAAUCUUCGCAGACAUCAGAAGAAACGCCUACAACAGCCACAGAUGGUGCCAGCAUUGAGGACAAGAUUGUCGAGGCAGCAAAGCCUGCACUUGCACAGCAACCAGAUUAUCACAACGAGAACUUCCUACAACAUUUCUUCCGAGCCACGAUUACUACUUGUUUUGGCGACCUGAAACGCGCCAGUGCUUCUGCUCUUGUCCUUGGUACCACUGCUGCGACUUACUACUACGCUGCGAAGGCAUCAAGAUAA